AUGUCGAGCAAUUUCGCGCCGACGCCCGCAGAGCUCGCACUUGUGAAUCAGAUAUUUACUCAGGCAGAUACUCAGAAAAUCGGAAUCCUCACCGGUGACGUCGCCGUAAAGGUCUUCCAGGGUGCUAAACUAACACCGACCGUCUUGGGCGAGAUUUGGAAUAUUGCUGACGAUGAUAACAAUGGCUUUUUGACCAAGAAGGGUGUCUCAAUUGCAGUCCGUCUCAUGGGCCACGCUCAAAAAGGCCAGAAGGUCGACAAGUCUCUUGUGAACAAACCCGGACCCUUAGCCAAUAUUGAAGGCGUACAGACGCCUUUAAUUCCACAAGGCACUGGUGCAUCAAUACCGAAGUCACCACCUCCCAGUUUGCCUCCAUUGACUCCCCAAGACAAGGCCAAAUUUACACGGAUAUUCCAGGGGUGUGGGCCUGUCAAUGGUCUCCUCAGUGGCGACAAAGCACGCAACGUAUUCGUCAAAUCCAAACUUUCUGUGGAUAAACUGUCUCAAAUAUGGACUUUAUGCGACACUCAAGACCGAGGCGCACUCGACAUAACUGACUUUACCAUAGCCAUGUACUUAAUUCAAGCCUCCAUGGCCGGUCAACUCUCAUAUAUUCCGACCUCCAUUUCGCCAAGUUUAUACGAGCAGGCUGGAGGGGUUUCUGCUCACGCGACCGGUGGUAGUUCGAAUUUCAGCAGCCCAGGCUUUCCACCAGUACCGAGGCAUAAUGCUGUGCAGCCGCAACUGACGGGACAGGCGUCUCCGGCUCCUCCCCUUCCGAACAGACGCCUUGCACCUAGCAGGCUUGCACCAACCAUACCUGCCUUCCCUGGGGUUACACAAUGGGAUGUCACCGCGGCUGAGAAGGCCGCUGCAGACCGCUUCUUUGAUACGUUGGACUCGCAGCACAGAGGAUACAUUGAAGGUGAUGUUGCAGUGCCAUUCAUGCUCCAAUCCAAGUUACCGGAAGAUGUCUUGGCCCAAGUUUGGGAUCUUGCGGACAUCAAUAAUGACGGCCGUCUGACCCGUGACGGAUUCGCAGUUGCAAUGCACCUUAUUCAGGGCAACCUCUCAGGCAAGGACGUCCCUAGUACGUUACCUCCGACCCUUGUACCUCCAUCAAUGCGGGGCGGACAAGCGUCAUUUAGUACUGCACUGGCACCUCCCAAACCGGAACCUGUUCGGGAUCUCCUUUGGGACGAUUCACCUCCACCGUCGGCGACCACCUCGCAUCCUCCAACAAGCGUCUUGCAACCUCAGACCACGGGUACCCCACUCUCACCGCGGUCUUUGCCUCGUCCCACACCUCCCUCACAGGAUCCAUUCGGCUCUUCUCCAGCUACAUCUCCGUCGAACAGGAAUUUCCUUGAUGACGACGACACACAUGCGCCGCCCAUUUUGCACGAUCAGUCUGCAGAAAUUGGGAACGUGCAGAAUCAACUCAAUUCCACGCAGAGAUCUCUGCAGGCUGCAAAGGCUGAGCGAGAGGCUCUCGAGAGUACACUCGCCAAUCAGGCUGCGCAGCUUUCAGCUCUUCAGACUCAGCUUGCUUCUGCCAAAGCAUCUUAUGAGACGGAGACUUCCCUUCUGAACACGCUCCGUGAUCGCCACGCAGCUCAGGUCGCUGACAUUCAAAGAGUUAGGGAAGAACUUAUCAGGGACGAGAGCGACCUCAGCGCUGUCCGAUUGGAGAAAGCAGAAAUCGAAGGGUCUUUCUUGCGCGACAAGGAAGAGGUCCGAGAAUUGAACAGGCGGAUGGCGGAGGUUACGACGCAAAUUGCUGUUGCGAAGCAGGACGUCGAGAAGUCUAAGAAAGACGCGAAACAACAGAAGGGUCUUCUUGCUAUUGCCAAAAAGCAACUGAUAGCCAAGGAGUCGGAGAAGAUGAAGGUGGACAAGGAGCUAGAGGAAGCACAGCAAGAUCUCACUGAUACAAUUACAGAGAGAGAAGAAGCCGAGGUCGAGGUCGAGAAGAUUGUGAUUACGCCUUCACAGACUACGUUGGAGCGUUCCAAGUCACCGGACUCGGUUGCUUUCGCAGCUGCUCAUCCUUUACCAAUGACCCCUGAUAUCACGGGCACCACGAGCCCGAUCAGUGUCAAGAGUAACAACCCAUUUGAGAGGUUGGCAUUGUCCUCGGGGGCAUCGACUCCCCGAUCUCAGUCGCCAUUCCUGUCUUUCCCUAAUACUUCUUACCCUACCCCCCCUGGUCUGUCAUCACCACCCGGUCUCUAUCCCUUGGCCACCUCAGCUACAAUGCAAUCAGACAUAUUUUCGCAGGCAUUUGACACAGAACCCGUGCUACAGACCGACAAUGCGCCUGAUACAGAUGGUUCUGAAUUUGUCGUUGUGACCCCUCGUGUGAAGGACGGUCCCUAUUUUUCCGAUGGUGUCGUAUCGUCACCCACGAGCGAUGAACAUUUCACCACUCCUCCAACCAGUAUCACACCAAAUCCCAACUCCAGUGCAAAUGUUUCCUCUCUCGAUAAUGUUGCCGCACACUUCCCCGCCAUUGAUGAUUUCAAUCCUCAGCACCUCGCACCGGAGGAGGGGGAGAAAGAAACAGACCUGUCGACGGACCUUCAGGAGUUGGAGGUGAACGACACUGAGAGUGAAAGCGAGGACAGCCACGAGUCGGAGGCUGUCGACCACAUGACAGACUCUGCCAAGGAAGUUUCUCCCUCAGAAGCGGUAUCCUCACAGGCGCCGACCUCUUUUGAUGACAUCUUUGGAGUCAACACUGAUGUACCCGAGCAAGUCCCUCCUUCCAGCAGCGCACCUCAGUCGGACACAGCCGCCCCCUCACAGAAUGGCACAUCUUUGGUAGAUGCGUUUGGUCUUCCUUUCUCAGAGCUUGAAAACACUCCGUCGCAACUCUCUCAACCAUCUGGGACAAGCGGUUUGAAUAGUUUUGACGAGGCUCUCGGCAAGAUCUCAAAUGGCAGUUCCGCGCAGCCGGCUUCUGCCUUCUCCUUCGAUUCCAACUUUGAGGAUAACUUUGACUUUGGGACAGCGAUAGCAUCAUCUUCUACGUUCCCAUCACCCCCCACCGGAUCUGCCCCUGCCAAUGGUAUCCCUGCAACGACCACAAACGUGGCUACGCAUGCGAAUGGAACACCUGAUUUCUUCACCCAGCCUGCGAGUAUUGGGAUAUCAGCCACUCCGAAAGUGGCUAUGGCACAGCCGGUAGCCCCGGUCUCAUUUGAUGAAGUCUUCUCAUCGGGCCCCUGGAAUUCCUCAAGCACCGCACCUCAGCCUGAGAAGGUAGAAACAAAACAGGCAGACGCGAGCAUAAGCUUCCAAGAUGCAUUCGGAGGCGUUGAUGUCUCUCAAGCCCUGGCGCUAGAUAAUUCAUUCUCUUCUCGAACUUCAAAAGCAUUCACAUCCUCUGCGUCGCCACCUUUGUCCGAGGGUGGUAAGCCCUUCCCAAACGUCUCUCCUCCUACAUCACUGCGAGGGCCAUCUUCUCCCCGUGUUACGCCGAUACGGUCUACUUCCCCUCCACGACGUGCCACAUCGCCACCGCCUCGAGCUGUUUCUCCGAAGUUGCAGCGGCCGUCAAGCUCUUCAACCAAGGAACCUACUCACGAUAAGCCUCCGCCACCCCCGCGGCACUCUAAGCUUAGUAUUCGCCUUCCGUUUGGCAAGAAAAAGAAGCAGGACUCAGUACCACCCAUUCCUCCAUCGAAUCUGUCUCAGAAUGUGACUGUCAUGGAGCCUGGUAUUGAAGACGAUGUGGAACCUGUGAAGCAGCUAUCUGCAAUGGGCUUCAGUCGGAAUCAAGCUGUCGCGGCGCUCGAAGCACACGAUUAUGACGUACAAAGAGCAUUGAAUAGCCUACUGGGAGCGCAAUAG